AUGAAAGCUUCCAGAUCUCAAAUGUUUGGCUCUGGCACACCUGGUGCUGUACUAUAUAAAAGUUAUAACUCUUCAGGAGAAAAUCUCGAUAAAAUGGAUGUUGAUGAGCCAAGGCUUGUUCUUCAAGAUACGGUUGUCUAUCAGAAAAACCGCAGUAUUGCCAAUGUAUUCGAUUCUGUCCUCGGUCUGGAAUUGCGCGCCGAAGGUACACUUUGGGUAGAAAAUGCGGAAAGAUAUAAAUUCAAGAAACCAAAUGGUUCACAUUGCCAGGUUCAAUUCCAAAUGUAUUCUUACGAAAGGGAUGAGCUUGGAGCCAUCAUUCUUUACGUUGAGGAUUCCGCAACUAAGUGGUGGGUUGAGCUCAAACCUUCACAAAAGUAUGUAGCGCACUUUACAAGCAUGGUAGAAAGUGCAGAACUUAAGCACUUUGUUACCGAUUACUAUGAGCGUGUAAUCAAUAGGGAGUGUAAAGAUGACUUGGGUCAAUUAUGCUGGGAAUAUGGUCGUGAAGAUGGCAGUGGACUGUUACAAGACGACGUUGUCGAAGUUUUGACUAAAGAUGCAAAUGCAUUCUUUCUGUUGUCAGCUUUUCGUGAGGAAACUUGGGUCGAUGGAGAGGCUCAGACUAUGAGAUGGUCUAGUACAGAAAUCUACAAGCUCCUGAAGAAGCAAUGCCCUACCGCUUAUAAGAGAGCCAAUACAUUCGUUUCAGUGGAACCAGAGCCAAUGGCUGUCGACUCUCCUACAAUUCCAGACCCUCCUCCAGCUGCUAGCAAUAGUGGCGAUGCACAAACCAAUCAAUUGGAAAUGCUGAUGUCGUUGAUUAGCGAUGAAAUCGAAGAUGGCACUCCUGUCAAGAAACUUACUCCCGGAUCCCUUUGGAAUAAGCUCUUCAUUAGAGCCAAAAUUCCAGAUCAAGGCGACCCGGGAGCUGGACCACGUAUUGCAAAGUGUAUUGUCUAUAAAAUUGGGGGACUUCUUGCAGAUCUAUUAGAAAGGCGUCAUCCUGAUCUAUUUAUGGGUUCAAAGUUCAUUGGUGGUCUUCGCGAAUUGGGUCGUACUCGAUAUCCACCGUUCACCAAGCAAGUGACCACUGAUCAACAAUGGCAACAUUAUAUGGAUUUGGCCGAGGGUCUUUACCUUGUUCGUCGAAAUAACAACCAGCAUGAUGAAAAAGCUGGCAUCAUGCCAAUCCGCGGGUUUACGAAACUCCAGGUCAAGGAUAUCUUCACUGGAGAAUUAUUACCCCCUCGUCCGGUUCCACGUGUUGGAAGUGGACGCGUGGGACGUCCACCAAAGGCUCGUCCGGAAAUCGAACUCUGGGAUGGUGAAGAUGAAGACGAGGUGGUCGAGAACUCAAUUGACACUGAUGUACCUCUGUCAGUAGAAACGGCAUGGCAGCGUGUUUGGCAAUUGGGCGGAGAGGAGAAAACUGUUGGUGGUCGUGUUAUUCCAGCUCGUAUCCAACGGUCCGGCUAUUGA